GUCUCCCUGCAUUACUUUAUAUAAACUUUGGAGUUUGUUUCUUGCAUAGAGUCCGGGAUGCAGACGGAAUUUGUUGUCUUUCUUCUGAUUAUUUAUUGUAACGAUCAGUUAAAAUAAUUUGAGAUGACCAGGUUUUAAUCGAUUGUCAAUUCAAGACUCAGAAGCAAUAAAAAGCCCUAAUCUUAUUAUCUUUCUCUGUUUUUUUGUCUUCUUUAUUCACUUUUUCCCUCUCGCCGUAUAAUGGAAUCUCCACCACCGCCGUUGCCGCCCCCCUGUUAUAUCUCCCAGGGUUCCAAGAAAAGGGUUUUUCCGGGGGGUAGUUCGACGUGUAUGGAGGCAGAUGUGGUGGAAAUCCCGCCUCCAGUAAAUAGCAGCUCGAAGCUGAAGUCCCUUAAGCUCAAGGAAAAAGAGGUAAUUUUUCCUGAAGUAAUAGAUGUUGACAUGGAUGACGACUAUGAGGAUAUUAUGCUUUUGGAUAGAGAAGUGGACACAAAGAGGAAGGGCAAGGAUGUUUUCAGCAAGCUUCCCUCAGGAUCUAGUUCUGGAAUUAAUGAUGGGUCUGGGAAUGGUGUGCAAUCUCCAGAGAAAAAUUAUGUUUCAGGAUCACAUUAUUUAAUUAAUGGAGAAGAUUUUGAUGCUGACUUUUUUUAUGGAGAAAAUGAGUAUGUGGAUAUGUCUCAGGAUGAUCCCCUAUAUGAUGAUCAGUAUGCUAUCAUACAAGCUCAUUUGGAUAGUUUGGAUAUACCUCCUGGGGUUGAGGUUAGUGUACCUUGGUUUGCAGGCCAUGAAGAAAAUAAAUUAAAGCCGGCUGUUGCAAGUACUUCAAAUCAUUCUAGCUCGCCAAUUGACGUGGAUGGUGUGGUUUUUCCCCCAAAUUCCAAUUCAUCCUCCUCAAUAUGGCCCAUGGAAUUUGAACAAUCAAGUGACAAAUCAAUUAUAGGAGAGAAUUUAAUUUCAGGAGACAAAGUGAAAGGAAGUGGUCAACCUAAGAAAUGGGAGCCAUCUUCAUCAUGGUUGCUUAAAGAUCCUGCUCAUGUCUCGAAGAGGUCAACUGCAGCCAGGAGUUCAUUUAGUUUGCCAUCAAAAUUCGCAAAGGAUUAUUUGACCUCCUCAUCAAGCAUGGAUAUGCAUGAUUCUCGUCAUCAUUUGGCUGAAUCUUGGCGUCAUCAUUUGGCUGAAUCUUGGCGUAGUAAAACUAAGAGGAAUCGUCAAAUAGGUUACAAUAUGCUGGAGGGUGGUUCACACAACCAGUUCAGUCAUCAUGUUUCUAGCUUUACAAAGCAUCCGGUUAGUGGUCCCUUGACUGGUCUAGCUUCACGUAGUCGAACAAAGCGAAAUGAUGUUCAACCUGGAGCAGUGAGCCAUAAGCAUCUGGGCAGUGGUGCCUCAACUAAUCCAGCUUCUCAUAUUCAAAAAUUGCUAAAUGAUGUUCAACCUGAGGUAGGAAGCCAUAAAUAUGCGUGGAAGAGCAUGCCGAACAAUACUGUAGGACAUUCUUUUGUGAAUGCUUCAUAUCCAUCAGGAUUUGUUGAUCAGUCUGGGCCGCUAGCUGUCUUCCCUGAUGACAUGGCCUUUGGCCCCUGGGACAUGGAUCCUAUUGUGGGCCAAAAGAGUGCAACUGCUUCUGGAAACUCAUCUGGGUCGUUAUCUGGCAAGGCAAAAUAUGGGGAUCCUGGUGAAUUUUUGAAGAACUUUGAUCUUUUUAAGAAAUUUGAUACCGUUCAAGAUUUUACAGAUCACUAUUAUUCUAAAAAUGGUUUUUCAAUGAGGCAGCCGUCAAAGAAUUGGGCAAAGAAGAUACAGGAGGAAUGGAGGAUUCUUGAAAAUGAUCUACCUGAUACAAUAUUUGUCAGAGUCUAUGAAUCGAGGAUGGACAUUUUGAGGGCCGUAAUAAUUGGAGCUGAAGGGACUCCAUACCAUGAUGGCCUAUUUUUCUUUGAUGUGUUCUUCCCAAGCAAUUAUCCUAAUGUGCCACCACAUGUUCACUACCAUUCUGGCGGCCUUCGUAUUAAUCCGAAUUUGUACAAUUGUGGGAAAGUAUGCCUCAGCCUUCUUAACACUUGGAGUGGUAGUCAUAAGGAAAAGUGGAUUCCUGGUGUAUCAACCAUACUUCAAGUUUUGGUCUCUAUUCAAGGGCUGAUUCUGAAUGCCAAGCCAUAUUUCAAUGAACCUGGAUAUGCAAGCAUGAGCGGUACACCUGGGGGUGAAAGUAACUCACUGCAAUACAAUGAGAGCACUUUCAUCUUGUCUCUGAAAACAAUGGUAUACAACAUCAGGAGGCCACCAAAGUAUUUUGAAGAUCUUAUUGCAGGGCAUUUUUACAAGCACGCACGUGAUAUUCUUGUGGCUUGUAAGGCAUAUAUGGAUGGAGCUCAGGUGGGAUGCCUUGUCAAGGGGGGUGUUCAAGAUGUUGAUGAAGGUGACAAGAGCUGCUCCCAGCAUUUUAAGAACUCUUUGGCAGGAUAUAUCAAAACGCUUGUGGAUGCAUUCGCAGAAAUUGGUGUCAAAGAUUGUGAUGAAUUUCUUGCUUUAGCACAAAAGACGAACAGGAUGGUGCCUUCUCAGCCAGUGGCUCAAAAUUUUUACUACUACGAGGGGCAGACGACCUCCGCAAUAAUCGACAAAGACUUUGACAAUUUUGCAUAUAAUAGACCAGACCUUAUUAGUCACAAAAAUGCAGAAAAAGGAGAGUACAAGCGGAAGAGAUUGACUGCUCAUCUUUACAGAAACCAGUUUUCCGAGCGUAGGAAUAUGAAACCUUCUCAUUCCCCUAGUUUCUGUCAACUAACAUGGUUCUGUGCUUUGUUGCUGUUGUUCCUCUUCAGCUUCUUCUGUACAACCAUGGCUUCUGCUUCAGAAAUUUCUUACAGCGAUCAUUGUGCUUCCAUUGUCCCUGAAUCCAGUCCAACUGGUCGUUUUAGUACCCAGUCUCCAAUUCUCCAUUUAGCCACAAGUUACUUCAAGGGUGGGGAGCAAAUUCUUGGAAAGAAGUCAACGGAUCAGUUGUUUAAUAGUUCAGAUGUUUAUCUUUCACUUUAUAUCACUGAAAAUAUCUAUGUAACCAAGACCAGCGGGGUCUACAAGGUUCAGGCUCGCUUGAGGUUCCGAUUGCCCCAUCAGUACCGUAAUUAUUCAGGUUAUGGUCAGUGGUACCACCCCAGGGAUGUCUACCGCAGAAGAUCAUUGAGAUUCCUCUUAAAUGGAUUCUUUUCAGAGCAAUCUAGGAAGCUUUGCAUGGUAGGAAAGGCCUCUUGGCAAUCUGCAGAAGGUAAGCUUCGCAAUCUUGAAGCUGUUUUUCAAUUUAAUCAUGCAAAGAAGAACUCAACCCUCUUAACUAGUUUAGCUAAGGGGACCUUGAAGAGCUUGAGUUCAUCCAAUAGCCCCAAUUAUUUCGAGCCCAUUGAAAUAGUUUCGCUCCCUGUGCUUUCUGAUUACAAUUAUACAUUGGCCUCAAAGGGGCUUGGCGGAGGGUGCCUGGGAGGAAAUGAUAUUCCACCCAACCGGUCCCUUAGCUUGCUGCCAGGAAGCAUUUGCUCGAGGUUCCUUUGGAGAACUUAUGAUUUUGAAGUGGAGUAUGCAGCAGGGUGUAAAAGCACGAGUGAUUGUGGUCCUUUUAAGAAGAAACAUGCACACUUGUCCUUGUCCGCGUUUCAGUGUUCAGAGGAUGAAGAAAAGCUACGAUAUAUAUUGGCUUUUCACAACGAAUACUAUUGGCAUUACCAAUCUUUUGACCCCAAGACAACAUUGAUUGGGGAAGGAUCCUGGAAUAGUGAGAAAAAUCAAUUGUGCAUUGUUGCCUGCAGAAUGCUCAACUCAGACAAGUCUUUAGAAGAUGUUCGUGUGGGUGACUGCUCAGUGAGGUUGAGCAUACAAUUUCCGCUUGUCUGGAAUAUCACAGAUACUAGCAGCAUAGUUGGACUAGUUUGGACCAACAAGACGGCUACUGAUCCAGGGCACUUCAAGGUUACCAGCUCCAACAACAAUGGGGAGAGUUUGCCAGGCCUGAAAUAUGAAUAUACUCAAGUUGGCAAGGCAAGAGAAUUAUGUCCCAGAAAAGAAGUUGUUAAGGAAAAUGGGGACAACUUCCCCAAAGGCAAUUCUUAUGAUAUGAGGUUUGACAUGUCUGUUAAACACUCUAAAGAGGAGAUUGCUUGGGGUAAUGGACUCCCUAUCUUUGUCAACAGUGAACAUUAUGGAGAAAAUUUCGUAAUAACUGAGGAUUCGGGCCUUGGAGAAGUAGAGGAGAGCACCAAUAUUUAUAGUAGCCAGAUGAAUAUCAGCUAUAAAAUAACCUUCUCUUACAUCAAUUUGAAAGAACAGAUUGCUUCGUUGAACUCAUCACUCAAUCAAUGGGGUCAACUGUUAAACUCUGCCGAAGGUGUCUAUGAUACUGAAACAGGACAUCUCUGCAUGGUAGGUUGUCGAGAGAUCCAUCCCCUUCACAGUAGUGAAAAGUCAUUUGAUUGUGAGAUGAUCAUAGAUGUUGAGUUUCCUCCCUUAAGUUCAAUGGUUGGAAGUUCCAUCAAUGGAGUCAUCCAAAGCAGGCGGGCAAAAACUGAUUCUCUUUACUUUGAGCAGUUGAAUAUAUCUUCAUCCUCUUAUUACACUGUUCAAGCACAGGAAUCCAUUUGGCGGAUGGAUUUGGAGAUCAUUAUGGUCUUGAUCUCCAACACUCUGGCAUGUUUAUUCGUGGCAUCUCAGCUAUUCUAUGUGAAGAAGCAUCCAGAAGUUCUCCCCUUUAUUUCAGUUGUCAUGCUCAGUAUCAUCACUUUGGGUCACAUGAUCCCUCUGGUGCUCAAUCUUGAGGCCCUUUUCAUUAAGAAUCACGAUCAGCAAAACGUGAUUCUUAGAGGCGAUGGAUGGCUUGAACUGAAUGAAGUGAGUGUAAGAUUGGUCAGUUUAGUAGUCUUUCUCCUGCUGUUGCGCCUCCUCCAAUUGGCAUGGACUGCAAGAACGGAGGAUGGAGACGGAAACCAUUUAUGCGCUGCGGAGAAGAAAACCGCUUUCGUGUCUUUACUUCUGUAUGCUGUAGGUGGACUAAUUGCCUUCUUGGUGGAGUUAGAGAAGAAUGGCAAUGGGAAUGGGAUGCCACGUUCUCUAUAUCCUGCUUACAACACCACCAUUCCUGAUCCAUCUCUUGUUAUGUCUGAACAAUCCUAUACAUUGAGGUACCUGAAAUCAUACGCUGGUUUGGUCCUUGAUGGAUUUCUCCUUCCUCAGAUCCUCUUCAACAUAUUCCAGAAUUCAAGGGAAAAGGCACUGUCUUAUUUGUUCUAUAUCGGAACAACAUUAGUCCGCUUGGUACCCCAUGCAUAUGAUCUCUACAGGGUGCACAAUUACAUGCGUCAAGAUUUUUAUGGAUCAUACAUUUACGCAAAUCAUAGUGCAGAUUUUUACUCCAUUGCUUGGGAUGUCAUCAUCCCUUGUGGUUGUAUAGCGUUUGCAGUGAUCAUUUGGCUGCAGCAGCGAUUUGGUGGAAGCUGUGUUCUUCCACAAAAAAUUCGUGAACUUGGCCUGUAUGAGAAGGUGCCUGUGGUUAGCAGUGAGUAGCUUUUGGGGCAAAUGUUGACUGUAGAACUUAUGUUUUGCUUGUGUGGAACUGCUGUUGCAAAAUCUUCAAGCUAAAAUAAGAAGACUGCUUGAAGUUAACUUUUUGGCUUUGUUUUUCUUUUGAGCAAUCAGCAUUUUCUGCUGGGGCUUCCUUCUCAGUUUUGAACACUUGAUGUAAUAUGGCUGUGAAUUAGUAGUGUCAAGUCAGGUUUAAUGCCGGCUUUAUGUUUUACUUUGCA